AACUGUGCAUGGAAGCUUAUCUUUUGUCACCUUAGUUUAUGAAUCCCAUACUGGACAGCGAUGGAGAUGCUCAAAAUUUUCAUUGUGGUUUUGCUAGCAUUUCCAUGCCACGGUAAUGAUGAUGGCAAGUUCCGGCACUUAAAAGAAAACUUUUUCUCAUCCAAUGGCAGAAGUUUUAUGGACGUCGUUGACUUUGCAGGCCAGGGGCCUUUGAGAAAAAGAUCACAAGCAGAUGCGGAAGCGUCUCUGUAUGAUGACCAAAAAUCAGAAUUGCCAUCUAACGAUCAACCGAUGUCAAAGAAACCUAAACAAGAGCGCAAGUUGUCAAUAAGCUCUGAUGAAAAUUCCGAGGUAAUUGAAAGUAUCAUCGACGAAAACGCUUUUUCCCAAAAUAUGUCCGGGGCAUCGCAAGGGGUGAGUUCGCAUGGAAUAAAGAGUGCGAUGAACUCAGAUCAUAAACUUAACGAAGGUCGUAGCAUGAACUCUGAUGAAGCAUUUGAAUUGCAACACAUUCCGGAAACGAAUAACGAUUCGGCAAGUUUCUUUAAAAAUUCGAAGAUAAUUGAUGAUGGAGGAUAUAUAACACCUGCUGCUGAUUCGUCUAUCGCUAGUCAUGGUCAAUCCCAAGUCUCUGCCGGUCAAGAAUUAAAUUCAAUAGAUGAACAUAAAAAUGUACAUUUAAAGCUACAAAACCCAUCAGCCUCUCGAUCCCGAUGGAAAAAGCAGAAUAAAAGUAAGCUUGGUGAUGGUGGCCAUUGGGUCGAGUACGACUUUGACGGAGGAGCCGCCACGACGACCGUAGACCCUUCGCUGCCAGAGAACCCAGCGGGUCUUAAAAACCCUAAUCUUUUGGUCGGCCCUUGGGUUGAAGAACCAACGGUUCGGAAGUCAAAGGCAUAUUUUGGAGGGAAGAACGACACGCUCGUUAAUGCCCAGAUCGAUACCACGGCGAACCUUCCCUGCGUCAUCUUCAACAGAGAUGACCACGAGACG